UUUUCUUUUUUAGUCAAUUAUGAUCUCUCUGUCUCUUUCUCACGUUUUCCUCGUAAUCAUCUGAACACAAGCGUGAUCGUCCUCAUCUGCCACCAAACCGGAUAGGCUAGAUAUAACUUCUUCAAGUAACUUUCAUGGCUCCCUCUGUCUCUGAUGGUUCCAUACAGCCUCGAGAUGUUUGUGUUGUGGGAGUGGCACGAACUCCUAUGGGAGGCUUUCUUGGCUCCCUCUCUUCUAUGACUGCCACAAGACUUGGGUCCAUAGCCAUUGAAGCUGCACUUAGAAGAGCAAAAGUUGAUCCGCGUCUUGUGGAAGAGGUCUUCUUUGGCAAUGUCUUAACCGCUAAUCUUGGGCAAGCACCAGCAAGACAGGCUGCACUUGGUGCUGGGAUUCCCUAUUCAGUGAUCUGCACUACUGUCAACAAAGUCUGUGCUGCAGGAAUGAAAUCUGCGAUGCUAGCGGCUCAAAGCAUCCAGCUCGGCUUGAAUGAUGUUGUUGUGGCUGGUGGAAUGGAGAGCAUGUCAAACGUACCUAAGUACCUCCCGGACGCAAGGUGCUUCUUGAGUUUCCUAACUUCAAAAUUGUACAAAGAAACCCAAGAGAGGAAGUUUGGCUUUUGGUUUCUCAUUUCGUUAAGCUUUCUUGUUUAUUUUGUGAGCAGAAGGGGAUCACGAUUAGGCCAUGAUACUGUUGUUGACGGUAUGACGAAAGAUGGACUUUGGGAUGUGUACAAUGACUUUGGCAUGGGAGUUUGUGGAGAAAUUUGCGCUGACCAGUACCGUAUUACAAGAGAAGAACAGGAUGCUUAUGCUAUCCAGAGCUUUGAACGUGGUAUUGCUGCACAAAACGCUCGGUUGUUUGCUUGGGAAAUUGUUCCGGUCGAAGUUUCCACUGGAAGAGGGAGGCCUUCGGUUGUUAUUGACAAGGAUGAAGGACUGGGGAAGUUUGAUGCUGCCAAGUUAAAGAAGCUUAGACCAAGCUUCAAGGAGGAUGGGGGAUCACUCACUGCCGGAAAUGCUUCAAGUAUAAGUGAUGGUGCGGCAGCUUUAGUGCUGGUGAGUGGAGAGAAGGCUCUUGAGCUUGGACUGCAUGUUAUAGCUAAGAUUAGAGGGUACGCUGAUGCUGCUCAGGCACCUGAGUUGUUCACAACCACGCCGGCUCUUGCAAUUCCUAAAGCUAUAAAGCGUGCUGGUUUAGAUGCAUCUCAAGUGGAUUACUAUGAAAUAAACGAAGCCUUUUCUGUUGUAGCUCUGGCUAAUCAGAAACUGCUCGGAUUAGAUCCUGAAAGACUGAAUGCGCAUGGAGGGGCUGUUUCACUUGGACAUCCGCUGGGAUGCAGCGGUGCUCGUAUUUUGGUCACAUUAUUGGGGGUGUUGAGAGCAAAGAAGGGAAAGUAUGGAGUGGCGUCAAUAUGCAACGGAGGAGGAGGAGCAUCAGCACUUGUUCUUGAGUUCAUGUAAGCUCCCUCUUUUAACUCUGGUCGGAGAAGACAAUCGGGUAUUCGGCACUCUGAAGCCAAUAGAUGUUGUUUUAGAACGCAAAGCGUGUGUAUGUGGUUUUAGUUUGUGUGUCACGAGACUACUGAACUUUGUACUUGAUAGAGAUGCAAUAAAAGCGUGU